AUGCCCGAAGAACUCGAGCCGUCGUUCGUCACGCGAUCAACAAGCCGCUCGCAGAAGCGAAAGCGGAGUGUGCCAGUACCGAUAUCAGUUGAUUCGGAUUCGGACUCGGACCAAUCAAGUGCGGACUCAAGCACUAUCCAGUCAUCUCGGGGGUUACUACCUGAUUCCCGCACCAAGAAGAAGGUAAAUCCUAACCCCCAGCACGAACUAACACCCACCGUCAACACCACAAGUGCAGAGGGUCAGCCCAGAGAAGACACGCCGGUCACUACUACCCAGCUGAAGGAUGGGGACUGGCUCGGCCUCACCAGCCACAUCCUCCAGGAGCUGAAGGAAAGGCUUGGUCCUUCGGGCGGCGACUUGCCAGUUGCCACAAAGACAUUCUUGUGCGAAAAGGCGCGGAAGCUCCAAAGGGGAGGCAUUCCCUAG